UGUCCUCCUAUAUUUACCAACAAACAACUGCCUAGUUCUUAACUCUCUACUAGUCCUCUUCUCUCUUAACUCUUCCUCCUUUGCAAAUUCUUGACAAGUACUCUCACCACUUCUUACUUAGUUUUAAAGUACACUCGCCUCUCUUUUUAUUCAUUUGUCGGUCUGAAUUCGAAGACCUUUUUUUUCUUGUAAAAUUAGAAUAUGGGACUAAAUUCAACCAGAGUGGAAGAUUUAUCAGGCCAUGCAUGCAGUGAGACAUUUGUUACUUUUGAAGAGUCCGAACAACACCGUACAGAAUUACGAAUAUUGAAUCAUGAACCACUUGAAGUGCACAGAGUUUGCUUGCCACCACACAAAACAACACUUCAAAAACUAAAGCAAAGGCUGUUGGAAGUAUUUUUCCCAGAUGAUCCACUUCAUAAGUUCAAGAACCAAACAUGUUUGAUGAAGUUUGUUUUAGGUCUUCAGUUUUUCUUUCCUGUUUUUGAGUGGGGCCCUCAGUAUAAUCUCAAGCUAUUAAGGGCUGAUAUCAUCUCUGGACUCACCAUUGCUAGUCUUGCUAUCCCACAGGGAAUUAGCUAUGCUAAACUUGCUAAUUUGCCACCUAUUGUUGGCCUAUAUUCAAGCUUUGUGCCACCAUUGAUUUAUUCAGUUUUGGGGAGUUCGAGACACUUAGCAGUUGGUCCAGUCUCAAUUGCAUCACUUGUAAUGGGCACAAUGUUGAGUGAAGCUGUUUCUUACACUGAAGAGCCAGUUCUUUACCUUCAGUUGGCUUUUACAGCUACCCUUUUUGCUGGACUAUUUCAGGCUUCACUCGGAUUUUUCAGGUUAGGAUUUAUCAUUGAUUUUCUGUCAAAGGCGACUUUAGUUGGGUUCAUGGCUGGUGCAGCAGUGAUAGUUUCAUUGCAACAACUGAAAGGGUUGCUAGGAAUGGUCCACUUCACAAAUCAGAUGCAAAUAGUUCCUGUAUUGGCUUCCGUUUUCAAACACAAAGAUGAAUGGUCUUGGCAAACCAUUGUUAUGGGCGUUUCUUUCCUGGUCUUCCUGCUAACAACAAGGCAAAUAAGCACAAGGAAUCCAAAAUUUUUCUGGCUUUCAGCAGCGUCUCCAUUGGCCUCGGUUAUUAUCUCAACUCUCGUAGUCUCCAUCCUUAAGUCGAAAGCUCAUGGGAUUCAAACUAUCGGACACCUGCAAAAGGGUCUAAAUCCACCCUCAAUGAACAUGUUAACUCUGAGUGGCCCUUAUCUGCCUCUUGCCAUCAAAACUGGCAUUGUAUCAGGAAUCUUGGCGCUCACAGAAGGGAUUGCAGUAGGAAGGACAUUUGCUGCUUUGAAGAAUUACCAAGUUGAUGGAAACAAAGAAAUGAUGGCUAUUGGACUAAUGAACAUGGCUGGAUGUUGUUCAUCCUGCUAUGUUACAACAGGAUCAUUUUCUCGAUCAGCAGUAAACUACAAUGCUGGGGCACAAACGGUCGUUUCAAACAUAAUAAUGGCAACAGCUGUGCUAAUCACCCUAUUGUUUCUAAUGCCACUGUUCUAUUACACCCCCAUCGUCAUCUUGGCAGCAAUCAUCAUAACAGCAGUGAUUGGCCUAAUCGAUUAUCAAGCUGCAUUCCGUCUAUGGAAAGUUGACAAGUUCGAUUUCCUGGCUUGCUUAUGUUCGUUUUUUGGUGUUCUUUUCAUCUCAGUACCUCUCGGCCUCGCCAUUGCAGUUGGAGUUUCGGUUUUUAAGAUCCUGUUGCAUGUUACAAGGCCAAAUAUUAAUGUCUUGGGAAAAAUUCCGGGAACUCAAGUAUAUCAAAACUUGAACAGAUACAAAACAGCUGAUAGAAUUCCUUCUUUCCUGAUCCUAGCUGUAGAAGCUCCUAUCUACUUUGCAAAUUCUACCUACUUACAAGAAAGGAUAUUGAGAUGGAUCCGCGAAGAGGAAGAGAGGAUAGCAGCCAACAAAGAAACUGCAAUCAAAUGUGUAAUUAUCGACAUGACAGCUGUAUCAACCAUAGAUUCAAGUGGAAUCGACACUAUAUGUGAACUCAGAAGGACGCUGCAUAAACGAUCUCUUAAGCUUGUGCUGGCAAAUCCGGGUGGGAAUGUUAUGGAAAAGUUGCAUGAAUCUGGUGCUCUUGAGGGCUUUGGAUUAAAUGGAAUAUAUCUAACUGUUUCUGAAGCAGUGACUGAUAUCUCAUCUUUGUGGAAGAAUGAACCUGAAUUGUCAGUAUAAAUUUGCAUUGUCAAGAAAAAAAUUGAAGUGGCAUGUGAUGAUACAACUCCAACUCAAGUUGGAAAGCUUGCAAUAUCAAAUCGUUAGUUGAAGUUUUUUAUAUUACAGUUUCGUUCAAAGUUGAAACAGUGUAUGAAUUUCAAUUCACUGUAAUCCUUGGGUAUUUCCCCACUUAACUAUGUAGCUAGUCUUUACUUAACUCGAUCCAAGCAACAUUCAGAAGUUUCA